GUGCCGACAUUGAAGCAUGGGCUCGUGUGGAGCUCAAAGAGGAUUAUCAGAUUCUCCCCUCGUUCCGAAAGCUGAGUUUCGUGGACUUCGACAAGACUCAACAAUUCACAUUCACUGGCGGAGACCAGAUCGCGAAACUGCUCCUGGUAGGUGUGCUCGAAUGAGAAGGUAGCAACCCCGACAACCAAGGGAAGGUAUACGCAACCAUCGUCAACGAAAAAGUCGUUAUCUACAUCCAUGAGCGGAUGGAAGGCGGCGUAUACGAACAACUCGAGCGAAGACAGCGAAAAGAAAUCGCAUUUCAGGACCCCUUCAGUGAAGUCGCGUCUGGACCUGGAGCGACAAGCAGUAUUGAGCCUCUGCUUGAUGCACUUGUACAAUACUACUUCAUGGCUGCCGGCUUUUUAGAGUCGACAGAAAACGGUUCACUCAAAGGAAACCUUAGGAAGGCUUGUAAGAACAUAAGCAAGAAUACCACCAGGUAUAACAAGGCCAGGCAGCGUGGCAUGCCCAAUCAGCAAGAUAUAACUGGAGACCGGAACACAUACGCCACACGAAGAAGUACCGGCUCAAUACCAUCGGCAACGCAAGCGAAGCCGAAGACAACAGAGGGCAAUGUAAACCGAACAAGGCGGGCGCGCGCUAGAAAGAACCCGUCAUAUCGAGAAGUUUCUAUAAGUGACAGCGGUGUCGACUCCUCUGAAGAAGGCGAAAAUAAUUCUACAGAGGAUGAUGCCGAGCCAUCGGAAGGCGGCUCAGAACGGGAAGAAGGUGGUAGCGUUCGCCAUUCCAAACGCAAAUCCAGCGGCCGCAAGCGCAAAACCCCAGCCAAGCGAGUCAAAUCGAGCCGUUCAUUCCAUUUCAGUGGUGACCUUCGUACUGUUCAUGACGAGUACCACAGUUAUAUCUCCGAAUAUAUGGCACAGGAGAUUGCAAGCGCAGUGGGUAAAGAGAAGAAAGAAAAGGAAGAGAAGGAAGAGGAAGUAAAAGGUCUUACAUCCGAGGUAACUGCCGUGAGGAGUCAGAAACACGAGAUGGACGCCCAGACCGCCAGAAUCCAGGAGCUCGAAGCACAAGCCGACAGAGAUAAGGCGACUAUUGAGCGGGCAAUGCUAGAAAAGAGCCACGAGACCUCACGAGCCAAUAGAGCUGAGGCACAGGUGGCAAGGUACAAGGAAAAAUGGGCAAGCAUCCAGGCGAUGAACAUGGACGAUGAGGGUUGA